CCUGGCUUUCCCUUACUACAUUUCCGCAAAGUUUUUAAUCUACCGCUGCCUCACCUUGUUAGAAGAUUGUUUAGGUUUCAGGAAACACAGGAAAUUAUAAAAAUGAGUGAAAUUAAACCAAACGACGAAGUUGCAAAUGACGACAACGGAGAGGAGAAAGACUGGGCUGCGGCCAAAGCUUUCUUUGACAACCUCAAAACAAAAGUACCGAGACCUCCCAAACCCCGGUUCGCUGUCACCAUCGCCGUCUCCUCUCGCACCCUCUUCAACAUGGUGGCAGAGAGGAAGAUCUUUGAGGAAGAAGGAGUGGAGAAGUACGUGGCUCAUCAGGUGGAGCAUGAAAGCGAGCCCCUGAAACCAGGAGCUGCUUUCCCCUUCGUCAAGGCGUUGAUGAACGUCAACUCUCGACUGAGGGAACUCUACCCAGACAGCGAGGAGCUGUUUGACAUCGUCUUAAUGACUAACAACCAUGCCCAAGUCGGAGUGCGCCUCAUAAACAGCAUUAAUCACUAUGAGUUGACCAUAGAGAGAUUCUGUAUGACGGGAGGGAAAAGUCCCAUAGGUUACCUGAAGGCCUACAUGACGAACCUUUACCUCUCCAAGGACUCAGAGAAGGUCACAGAGGCCAUAGAGGAAGGAAUUGCCGCAGCCACAAUGUUUAUGCCGAGCACAGAGACUCAGUUGAGCGACACUCAGCUGAAAGUGGCGUUUGACGGCGACGCCGUCCUCUUCUCAGACGAGUCAGAGAUCAUUGUGAAGAAACACGGCCUGGACACUUUCUUUGAGCAUGAGAAGCAGUAUGAGAACAAACCUCUCGCUCAGGGACCCUUAAAGUGUUUCCUGGAGGCUCUGGGGAAGCUCCAGAGAAAAUUCUACACCAAGAACGAGCGUUUGAACUGUCCCAUCCGAACCUACCUGGUCACAGCCCGCAGUGCUGCCAGCUCGGGGGCUCGUGUCCUGAAGACCCUCCGCAGCUGGGGCCUGGAGAUCGAUGAGGCUCUGUUCCUGGCGGGGGCUCCAAAAGGGCCCCUGCUGCAGAAAAUUAGGCCGCACAUCUACUUCGACGACCAGAUGUUCCACAUUGAGGGGGCCAAGGAGAUGGGAACCAUAUCUGCACAUGUCCCCUAUGGGAUCGGACAGAAGUACCACAAGGGGAAACUCAUUGAGCAGCCCGCCAAAAAGGAAUAACUUCACAUAGCAGUUAAAAUAUUAACUUUGCACUGUUUUCACCUGCGUAAGAAGAGAGUUACUCCAGAUUUAAAAAUUGUAUGCAGGAAAAUGAUCUGUUAUAAAAAUAUUUUUUUGAGGAUUGAGGUAAUGAAUUGGUGACGCAGUCUACAAGGUUUCCUAAUUUGGGAUGUUUUAUAAAGUGUUUUUUUUAUGAUGGGUAUUAUUGAUGAGUGGAGGAAUGUAUUUUCAAAGCAAGAGUUACACUAGGUGCCAUACACUAUUUCACUUAAUGCCGUUUUGGAAGAGAAGCACCAGAUGUAUUACCUGGCAGUGCUUUUUAACCAUGCUAUAUCUGUGUACCUUUUUUUUUAAAGGAAUAACCAUGUCUCUCAUUUACAUUGGAGUUUAUGUUGGGGUUUUUUUAUACCACAAACACGUUUAUUUUAUUUAUCUUGGUUCUUGGCUGUUGGUUCUUGGCAUAUAUGACCAGGAUGGGAGAAUAUAUCUGCUGUAGUAGUUGGUUUUUUUUCCUGCAUUGGAUCUUUUAUUAUCAGCAGCCAGUUUGAGGGUAAAUUUGUCUAGCCAAAAUUUUCCAACAUUUUUGGUGUCUGGAUGUAAUCUUGCACAUUUAAUGGGACUCGUUACCAUAUGGGCUUUAUGUGUAAAAGGGACCUUUAUUAGGGUAGAGGCUUGCAAGGAAAACUGAAGCUGUCUGUCUUACUUACUGUCUCUAGUGUUGGUGCACACACUCUAUAGAAAAUGUCUACUUUUUAUUUUUCCUCAAAUUUUCAGUCAUGUUCUGUGAGUUGUUUACACUUUUAAACUGUAUCUGUAUAUCAGGCAGCGCACUGUAACUACACUUUGCUAUCAUGUUAUGCUUUUCUUUAUAGGAGUGACUACAUAAUAUAUGUUUGUAGAUUCUUUGUGUCUUUCAUAUUACAAAAAUAGCUUGAAAACUAGGAAUAACUAAAUGUCAUCUUGGAGUUAAACAGUUACACUCAUUUGUAAAUUUUAAUAUCAAGACUGGUAAUAUUUCUAGAUUGAUUAUAUUCAUGUCGUGGUAACAAGGUAACAUGAUUUUUGUACUACUUUAGCUUUCUUGGUUCAGAUUUCUCUCAAAGUGUUUUGAGCACAGAGUUUGUAGAAGACAAAUAAAGGAAUGUGGAGGAAAACCA